AAGAUGUUUUCCAACUUCUGACGGGAGAAUGGCUUAAUGUAUCCAUUUUGCAAGUAUUUAUGAUGUACUUGUCAGAUGAUAAUGAGGUGAAUGGAGAUUCAAAUAUUGGUUUCAUAUGUCCUAGUAUGAUUUUGGAGACCAUGCUACGCCAUGAACCAGAUGUCGCGAUCAACUACAUGCAAAGGACAAUGAAAGUCAAUCGAGAGAUGACAUACAUCAUGCUUCCGUACAUUGAAAAGCAACAUUGGAUUCUUCUCGUCCUUUCUCUAUCCAAAAAAAAAACCGUAUAUGUAUUUGAUGAUUCGCUUAAGAGAUCAGAUAGAUCCUUGACUAUCAAGGAACCGAUGCAUACUGCAUAUACAUCAUUCCUGCGCCUUGAAGGUAUCAAAAAAGCAACAAAAUUGUCUUGGAUAUCUAUGAAGUGUGCUCAACAAACGGGAGGAGAUGAAUGCGGCUAUUUCGUUAUGAAAUACAUGUUGCUAAUCGCCCGCUUUCUCCAUGAGUCAAAUGAUUUGAAGAAGGUAUAUAUAUGUUGUAAAUUCGUUACUUUACUUAUAUAAUUUUAAAGUUUAUUAACUAAGUUAACAUAUUUAUAGGAUUUUCCUCCAAGCGUUGAGCCAUACACCAUAGAAGAUAUCAACGAACUCAAAGACCAUUUUGCGCAAUACUUUAAACAUCUCGUGGGGGAAGAAAAGGCCAAGUAACUUGUUAGUGUAGUAAGUGUAGUAGUUGUACAUUAUUGGUUGACUAUUGCAACAUUGGUUGAGUAUUGCAACAUUGGUUGCUUGCUUGAGAUCAUUUGAGAUGUAU